GUUUGGGGCGGGGGGAGGAGGGAGACGGGCAGGUGAUAUUUAAGCCACUGGCAAACUCUCUCCCCAUCCAUCUCUGCCUUGGCUCAGUACCCUGCACCUCUUCAAAGACAAAGGAGGCCCUCCAUCAGCACUCAGUCUCUCCACGAAUCCAGCACAAGAAGCUCCAAGAUGCCGGAAACAAUCAUGUCCAAGGAGCCCAGUUCCAACCUGGAGAGUGCCAUGCAGAUGCUUAUAAAGACCUUCCACAAGUACUCUGGGAAGGAGGGCGACAAGUACACGCUGAGCAGGGGUGAACUGAAGGAGCUGCUACUAGAGGAGCUGGGGACUUACUUAGGGACCUCCAAAGAUAAUGAAGCAGUUGAGAAGGUGAUGAACGACUUGGACGCCAACAAUGACGGAGAGGUGGACUUCACCGAGUUCAUCAUCCUGAUGGGCGCCCUCACUGUCGCCUGCAACGACUUCUUCCUGGAGUUCAAGACAGACGAAAAACCAAAUGACGAAAGCAAAGGCAGUUCAGCUGCGAAAUAAGAUUGAUUCACUGUAAGAAGGAAGGGUGGGAGGGCGAGGUGGAAAGAGGGAAAAGAGGAGAAGAGGGGAAGGGGGGAAACAAGGAGGAGGGGAAAGAGCUGUAAAUCAGGAGAGAUGGAGGAGAGAGUUGCAACGGAUUUUUGUCUUGUGCAAUUUGUAAACAUUACAACUACACAUGAGGGGAGCGGUGCAGUGAGCGACUUCACAUAUACAACAGGGUAUAUUUCAACUUCUUCCAACUCAAAUAUAGCAGUUUUAACAGACAAGAUCCCAGAAGGGAAGGAAGUUAGAAUUUUGCAGAACGCACACCAGCAUGUUUGAGCAUUUCUUGCACAUGAUUAAUUACCAAUUAACACAUACUAAGUUACAGAUUAUCCUAUUAUUGUAUGUACUCAGUGUUGAAAAAUAGAAUAUGAUUUAUCCCCUUUCUUGCGCCUAUUUUGUAAUCCUUUUUGGUAAUAAUCAAUGCAUUCUUCAAAAUAUUAAACAUGGCAUUUAACCAAC